CUCAUUUCUGUACACGAGCUGACACAGCGUUUGACGAUGGCGUCUAUGAAGAUGUGGUAUCUCUUGCUCCUCGCUGCCUUCCUGCCCAUUGUUCCCACAGUUGCUGAAGUGGUGAAGUCGGUGUCCGACUGUGAGCAGUUUCUCCUUGACGCAAAGCCACCUCAGAUCCCAGGAAUCUUGGAGGGCGGCCACAUCCUGAACCAGAACCGAUACAAACCCAUUUGCCAGACUUUUAUGAAAAAGAGAACAUUUGUGACGCUUUACGACCUCAAGAACAAGAUUCCAGUGUUUUCUGCUUUAAAGUACAGAGGGAAUGGAAGAGGGAGGAGACCUCAAAACGACUGGAAGAUUGAGCCACAGCUUGAGAACGAAGAUGACAACAACAAGAACAUGUGUGAUGUAGACAAAAACAAGACCUACACCAACCAGGCUGGGAACAGUGAUUACAGAAACAAUGUAAGGUUUGACAGAGGCCAUUUAAUUCCAAGCUCUUACGGAUUCAACAAAACGGACAAAAGAUCCACCUUCACCCUGACCAACAUCGUUCCACAAGCAAAAACAUUCAACCAAGGAAGCUGGAACAGAAUGGAGCAGUGCAUCAAAUGUGUUAUGGACAAAUACUGCAUCAACAACAACAAUGCUACUGAAGGCUUUGUGGUAACUGGAGCGCUACCCAACAUCACAAACUUCCUCAGAAACAGGAUUAAUAUUCCCACCAUGCUCUGGUCAGCCUUCUGCUGCUACAGCUCCAAAACAAAGACUUGGAUAGCAAGCGCGCACUGGGGUGACAAUGUUCCUGAUGAAUCUGACAACAAAUAUCUGCAGACUAAGACUCUGGAUGAACUCCAUCAGAAACUGAGGACAGCAGACUCUGAAUUUAAGCCGUUUCCUGGAACACAGUGCCCUCUCCAAACAACCGUUACUAAGUUUUACCCUGAACUUGAAAACUGCAAAUGCCCACCCUCCACUUUAACCCCUUCUGCCCCUCACACCUCAACGUCUUCCCCUUUCACCUCCUCAGCUGUCCCACUCACAAAUGCAUCCGUUCCUGUACCUACAACAUCUGGCCCUUCCACAUCCACAUCUGGUCCUCCUACUGUAACAACUGGCCAUCCGUACACCGCAUCUUGUGCAACAUCUACAUCUAGCCCAUCUGCAUCUACACCUGGCACUAAAACCAUCCCACCUGGCCAACAAACAUCUAUCACAUCAUCCCCUUUCACCAUAAAAUCUGCCCUUCUGCCAUUUACAUCUGGCUCACACAUCAUAACAUCUGGCCCUCACACAUCUGGUUUGCAUAUCACAUCUAGCCCUCUAACAUCUGGCUCACACAUCAUAACAUCUGGCCCUCCGACAUCUGGCUCACACAUCAUAACAUCUGGCCCUCACACAUCUGGUUUGCAUAUCACAUCUAGCCCUCUAACAUCUGGCUCACACAUCAUAACAUCUGGCCCUCCGACAUCUGGCUCACACAUCAUAACAUCUGGCCCUCACACAUCUGGUUUGCAUAUCACAUCUAGCCCUCUAACAUCUGGCUCACACAUCAUAACAUCUGGCCCUCCGACAUCUGGCUCACACAUCAUAACAUCUGGCCCUCACACAUCUGGUUUGCAUAUCACAUCUAGCCCUCUAACAUCUGGCUCACACAUCAUAACAUCUGGCCCUCCGACAUCUGGCUCACACAUCAUAACAUCUGGCCCUCACACAUCUGGUUUGCAUAUCACAUCUAGCCCUCUAACAUCUGGCUCACACAUCAUAACAUCUGGCCCUCCGACAUCUGGCUCACACAUCAUAACAUCUGGCCCUCACACAUCUGGUUUGCAUAUCACAUCUAGCCCUCUAACAUCUGGCUCACACAUCAUAACAUCUGGCCCUCCGACAUCUGGCUCACACAUCAUAACAUCUGGCCCUCACACAUCUGGUUUGCAUAUCACAUCUAGCCCUCUAACAUCUGGCUCACACAUCAUAACAUCUGGCCCUCCGACAUCUGGCUCACACAUCAUAACAUCUGGCCCUCACACAUCUGGUUUGCAUAUCACAUCUAGCCCUCUAACAUCUG